AAGUACCGACGCUCUGGACCCGUUAGCCAUCAGUUACUUUCUUAGAUUUGCUUUCGGUUUUUCAACGGAACAAACGAGACUGAGAAAAUGAGUGGGCGGGGAAAAGGCGGCAAAGGGCUCGGUAAAGGCGGCGCCAAGCGGCACCGUAAAGUGCUCCGCGACAACAUCCAGGGCAUCACCAAGCCCGCCAUCCGCCGCCUGGCUCGCCGCGGCGGCGUGAAGCGCAUCUCCGGCCUGAUCUACGAGGAGACCCGCGGGGUGCUCAAGGUCUUCCUGGAGAACGUAAUCCGCGACGCCGUCACCUACACCGAGCACGCCAAGAGGAAGACCGUCACCGCCAUGGACGUGGUGUACGCGCUCAAGAGGCAGGGCCGCACCCUGUACGGCUUCGGAGAAGAUGCCCACGCCGUCGGCAUCAUCUUCUCCGACAGAGAUCUUAGACAGGCGACGGACAUCGGCCGCCGAAUUGUUACCAUGCCUGAACCACAGCAGAAGCCAGCGCCCAAGAAGGGCUCCAAGAAAGCCGUGACCAAGACCGCCGGCAAGAAGGACAAGAAGAGGAGGAAGACCAGGAAGGAGAGCUACGCCAUCUACGUCUACAAGGUGAUGAAGCAGGUCCACCCCGACACCGGCAUCUCCUCCAAGGCCAUGGGCAUCAUGAACUCCUUCGUGAACGACAUCUUCGAGCGCAUCGCCGGUGAGGCCUCCCGCCUGGCUCACUACAACAAGCGCUCCACCAUCACCUCCAGAGAGAUCCAGACCGCCGUCCGCCUGCUGCUGCCCGGGGAGCUGGCCAAGCACGCCGUGUCCGAGGGCACCAAGGCCGUCACCAAGUACACCAGCUCCAAAAAUUCGGCAACAAUGGCCCGAACCAAGCAGACCGCCCGUAAGUCCACCGGAGGCAAGGCUCCCAGGAAGCAGCUGGCCACCAAAGCGGCCCGCAAGAGCGCCCCGGCCACCGGCGGCGUGAAGAAGCCCCACCGCUACAGGCCCGGCACCGUGGCUCUGCGGGAGAUCCGCCGCUACCAGAAGUCCACCGAGCUGCUGAUCCGCAAGCUGCCCUUCCAGCGCCUGGUCCGCGAGAUCGCGCAGGACUUCAAGACCGACCUGCGCUUCCAGAGCUCCGCCGUCAUGGCGCUGCAGGAGGCCAGCGAGGCCUACCUGGUCGGACUCUUCGAGGACACCAACCUGUGCGCCAUCCACGCCAAGAGGGUCACCAUCAUGCCCAAAGACAUCCAGCUGGCCCGGCGCAUCCGCGGAGAGAGGGCUUAGAAACACACAAACACACACACCUGCCCUGCCCCCCCCAACGGCUCUUUUAAGAGCCACCUACCUCUUCAAAGAGCUCUCAUCCUGUAAACACAACCAAAAAGAGUGACAGAUGUGAUAUUAAUGUGCUUGUUAAACUAAAAACACUAGGCUUGACCAUGUAACAAAAUGUGGUGAAAGAAACACAUCUUGAUUAGAAAUCAAGAAUUAACAUUGUCAAACAUUUCCCCCCCAAUCAAACAAAAUGAUCUCAGUGUGUGAACUACCAGCACUCAAAGAUAAACUGGUGAUUUUACUAGCAAAAUUAACGAUUAUAAAUAUGGUGGGUUCAUUAAAUAUAAAAAUGUACGUGAAGGUACAGAAGUGAUAAACUAAAACCCCUCAGAGCAUUCGAGGCGUCCGGUGGCUCGUCUGUCGGCAGACUCCCUGUGAGAGCGCUGGUUUCAUGGAGUUGUUUUGUCACUGCUGAAGUCUGUCCAAUGAUUUAUUGUAACGACGAAAAACUGUCCAGAUGACUACGACUGAAACCUUUUCAAUGAUAGAACACUCCUGGACGAAUGAAGGACUACACCGCCUCUUAGGUAAAAGUUCAGUGAAACCAUUUUAGAGAGGCAGCUCAUCUGUCAUUAAUGUCCUAAGAAGAAACGCCAAUAUUUAUCUGCUUUAAAGUUUAAUGUCAGUUUUUGAGACACAGGUGAUGAGAUUUAGCCGACCAAACUAAUGUCAGAGUACCGAGAGGAUAAAUAGAAGUCUACAACUAUAUUAUAUAAUAUAAACAAUGCAUCACUUAGUCCUUUAUUACAGGACUGUAAUAAAAGUUUAUUGCAGGAGUGUUGUAUUGCUGCUGCAUUAGUUUUAGUUAAAUGUUAAACUGGCAACUGAUCAAAUCAACACGAAGUAUACAGUACAUAUACACUGUCACCUCAUUUGCAGAUCCCUUAUAUUUCUCUCUGAAACUUCAAAUGCAUUGAAUUUGUGAUUAAAUUAACUAAAAAAUAGCUAAGCUCUCAG